AUGCGAGCUCUCUGGGUGUCUGGGCUCUCCCAGUCCAAGGGCGUGAAGAUGUUCCCUUCACUGGGGUUCAUCUUCGCUGCCCUCUCCUUAGUGAGAUGCAUCCCGGUGCAGCCGGUGUCCGGCCGCAGCAAAGUCCUCCUGGUGUCCUUCGAUGGCUUUCGCUGGAACUACGACCAGGACGUGGACACCCCCAACCUCGACGCUAUGGCUGCGGAGGGGGUGAAGGCGCAGUACAUGACUCCUGCCUUUAUCACCAUCACCAGCCCCUGCCACUUCACGCUGCUGACCGGGAAAUACCUGGAGAACCACGGGGUGAUUCACAACAUGUGGUUCAACACCAGCACGGGGCAGAAGCUGCCCUACCACAGCACACAAGGCGUGGACAGCUGGUGGGACAACGGCAGCCUGCCCAUCUGGAUCACGGCGCAGAGACAGGGCUUGAAGACAGGCUCUAUCUAUUUCCCUGGAGGAAGAGCAAAAUACCAAGGGGAAGAAGUGAACAUGAAGUUGGUGGAGCCCUUUUUGUUCAACUACAGCAAUGAAACCAACUGGAGAGUGAACAUCGACACCGCCAUGGAGUGGUUCACGGUCAAUAACCUUGACUUCAUCGCCCUCUACUUCGGUGAGCCGGACUCAGCAGGACACAAGUACGGCCCCGAAUCCACGCAGAGGAAAAACAUGAUCAAGCAGGUGGACAGAACCAUCGGUUACCUGCGGCAGCGUAUCCGGGAAAGUGGCCUGGAAUCAAAGCUCAACCUCAUCAUCACGUCCGACCAUGGCAUGGAGACUGUCAUAAAGACCAACGAGAUCCACAUCAACACAGUAGAGAACUUCACAUUCAAAGACAUCCAGUUUGAACUCUUAGAUUACGGACCAAACGGGUUACUGGUGCCAAAAGAAGGAAAAUUAGAGCAUGUGUAUUCAGUCCUGAAAAACGCCCACCCAAACUUACACGUGUACAAGAAAGCAGAGUUCCCGAGGAGGUUCCGCUAUGCCAACCAUUCCCGGAUCACCCCGCUCCUGAUGUACAGCGAUCCGGGAUACGUGAUCCACGGG